UCUGUAUGAGAUAGUGUUUCCCCCUUGCAUGCGUGGGGUUUCUCCGAGUACUCCGGUUCCCUCGCACAAGUAAACACUACUGUAAUUUAUUGGCCGAUAACACCUUCGUAUAUAGAGGACCGCAGAGCUUGGGUGGAAAUUGUUGGUAGCACCAGCUCCUCAGCGCGUGGCUGCUGCUGCCUUCCUGCUCAUAUGUGGUUCCUCCUCCUCGCGCCUCUGAGUCCUCUCGCUCUAAGAGAGCGAGGAGCGGCUACCGUGCGCUGCAUUACAAGCCGAGAUGAGAAUGUAAAUCAGCGUUGGCCGUUAUUGGCGACUGCACCGUACAUUGCGGUAAAUCCCCUGCACCCGUGCUCCGGACAUGGACACGAGUAGCAAGGGACACAACUCAAACACCCUUCUCCCUUCACACGCACACUCAGCGUUCUCCGUUUCCAGGGCGGUUUGCAGAGCCCAUCCAAAAGUCUGCCCGGCGAACGCCUCCUCCUUCUCAUCACAACCCCCCAGCCCCCCGUGACGGACAUCACUCCCGACGGACACGAAACGCUCCUCUGAGCGAGCCAUCUCUGUCGAGUCAACCAGCGCACGAGGCUAUCGCUUUGCGACGUGACGCGGCGUCGAUUGCAGGGUACCGUUCGCGUUGCAUUGAGCUCGUUACGUGAGCGAGAGUGAAGAAGGACUGAAGGGAAGGAGGGAGCGAGGUGAACGAACCCGAUUUCUGGGCGCGGCACUUCCCCGAGUCUCGCUCCAUGAGGAGGUUUCGCCUCUGUUUUGGCAACGCGACUCGGCGCGACGCCCACAUCCCAGGCAGUUCCUUACCCCCCCCCCGUUCCCCUUCCUUCCCGGAGCCGUGAUUACGAAGAUGGACGUGGGCACAGACAGCGAGGGCGCCUUGCUCCUUGCGGAGGAGGAGGACGAGGACGAGGCGGUGAGGCGGGCGGGCGAGGAGACGCUGCCGGGCCCGGGCGAGGUGGAGGCGGCGCUCGUCACGGCCGCCUUCGUGGCCACGUUUGACGCGCGGACAGGGAACGGGCUGGAGUGGUGCGCGCCUCACGAUGCAGCCCUGGUCGGUAUUGAGUUCAAGGCCAUCGCGAGUGGAGCUCACAACAUCACUUCUGACUUCACGUAUUUCCGAACGGACAGCGCCUUUGGGUUGGCUCACUUCCACAGCCGGCGCGUGGACAGUGGCCCAGAGCGUGGCGUCCGUGUCAAGUCUGUGGGGGCCCUGUCCCCCAGCUACGCCACCCUCGCCUUGCACUCGGCCUUCCUCCAGGAGCAAGUCAGGAGGCAGCUUGACGAGCCAGGGCAAUACGAAGCGCUCUCAGAGUUCUAUGAGCAAUACCGAGCAGUGCUGCCCUUCACCACCGAGCUCCCCACCACCCAGCUCCCCUCAAGCCAGCUCCCCUCAACCCGCACGCCACUCUCCUGGGAUCGUCCUCUACUGCAGGGCCACCAUGCAGGGUGCCUCUCCCGGCUUGUGAGCUGCUUCGGGCCAAGCGUGUUCUGCCUCUGGAAGUUGGCUCUCCUGCGCAAGAGGAUGCUGCUCUACUCGCCGCCCCCGGUGGGCGGCACGUGCCUCCACGUGCUCUGCUGCUGCUGCCUGGGGAGCCACGGCCAGGCUGGGCUGGGCGCCGUGCCGCCCCUCAAGCCGCUCUUCUACGUCAGCGUGGCCGACAUCGGUUCGCUGGAGUCGGAGGUUACCUACAUCGCGUGCACGACAGAGAAGGUGUUUGAAGACAAGACGGCACUGUACGACGUGUACGUUGACCGGCAGAGCCUCCGCUCGCACCACAGUCACCUGCAGGGCCUGCUAGCACCUACACGUGCCGACCAAAGCCGCUACCAACAGCUGGUGAUGCAGAGGGAGGUGGUCUCGACGGGUCGGGAUGGAAGCCAGAACCUCGACAACGGAUUCUUUCUAACAUUCUUCCGGGAGCUGAAUUCACGCGUGCUGGGCUCGCUGGUGCGCCUGGCGGUCAGCGGUGUCCGCGAAGUCACCGAGUCGGACGUGUGCCACAUGGGCCUCGACCCCGUGGCUGACCGACUCUUCUUGGCCGAUCUCAUCGACCUCUACGCUAUCAAUGUCACCAUCUCCGCCGACAACCCCUGCUGCCCCUAGGCCUGCGUGUGCUGCACCAGACAACGGAUGUCGCAUAGGUUCGAUUCCCAAUUCGUCUUCGUGUGGAGUUUGUAUGUUCUCCCCUUACUCUGCAUGGGUUUCCUCUGGAUUCAGUUUCCUCCCAUCGCAAAAAAAACAUACAAUGUAACUAUUGGCCAAUUGCCUAAUGCUGAAAAAUUACCUGCAGGUUAUCACAUUGAGAUUGUGCAUAGCAACAUCACCCCCUACUUCAAAAACUUGUCAGAAUGGUCCUGAAAGUAUUGAGACUCAGUGAGGCAUAAAUACAAAAUAGGCUCAAGCAUGUGCAGUCGGAGUCUCCACACGCAACCAACGGUUGUGUGGCCCAAACGGCGAGGUCCCUGCCUAGUACUUGAUUUUUAUGAUUAACACAGCAGCUGAGCACAGGCCCAGUGACUUAGAUUGUCCAGUGGCCUAGCACACUCAGCUGCUCAGCCCCCCCCCACCCCCCCGAGUCCCUGCUCUGGCGGCCGGGAAGAUGAGUGACGGGACGAAUCGCUCCAUUCCAGAUGUCCAAGUGGCCUCGACAUCGCAGGUGGCAUCCGUCUGCACGUCUAGAGUGUGGAGGGGAAGGGUCUUCAGGACGCCUCGCUCUGCGGGGUACGGGCCGGGAGGCAGGGAAGGCAGGUCCAAGGCACCUGGAUGCCUUGCCAACGAGAUGUUCCAUCGUAAGAGAUUACCUGCGUGAAAUAUUUUAUUUAACGAAAAAUCAAAGGCAGCUAGUGUUUCAAAGGCAGCUUACAGAGUUUCUACUUUUCACUUGGUGCUUAUUGUAGAGAUUCACAAUGAAAUAUAAUUUAGAUUUUCACACACGCACCCAGCUCAUUACCCCAACGCAGAAGUUGGCAGUGCUCUGAGCCCAGUGUAUUACUCCCAAUGACCUCCUCUCCACGUAUUUAAAUGCUGCCCCGAGCACGAACCACCAAGGUGUUUUCUGAUGCGGCAGAUGUCACGUCAGUUCUCAAGACUUAAAGAUAAGGGGCUCUGUACACCGCUACACCGUUCCAUGCACUUGCGAGCGCUGAUUCAGAUUCAGCACGAGUUUUGGAUUGAAAUAUUUCAGAUUUAAAGUUUUCUCGGAAGUUCUCGGAUGGUUCUGGAUUAUGUUAAGGUCUGUAUUUACGUGUCACAAUGGCGAUAUCACUUGAUGCCACGUGCCACCAGUUUUAGCAGGAAAACAGCGGAAGUGACGCUGUGAUACCGGCAUUGUCACUUUCCUUUCAGAAUAAUCCGAAUCGACGUUUUUUUUUGGAUCGUCUCAAGUAUCACAUCUUGGCCUGAUCCUGAGAUAUUUUUGAUUCAUCUGAAAAUCUGGAGCUCACGACUGGUUUGGAUGCUCUGGCUGAGCAUGCACACUGUGCAGCUGGCAGAGGCUGCGGCACUCGGGUGACCGUAAUCACCAAGUGUUGUGCUCGACUGACAGCUCCCGUGCCGUAAUUACCCGCCCUGCCACUGCUGGAACAUGCAUUAGCACCAAACCAAUUUGCACUCUCUAAACCACGACCUUGCUCAAGCAAUUAAAUCUUUAAAUAUUCAUACAUUUAUUUUCUUGAUACAAAUUGUACAUUUUAUUUCACGGAAACCUUCGUUUAGAUAAAGUAUUUGGUGACACCGCAUUAGCAGUGGUGCACAAGCACAAAUAACAACACUUUACCACCCACUCAGUACAGAAUCUUAACAGUUUUAUACAGCAAGGUGGCCUCACACGUGCAGUUUCCUGACACGGACAAAGACGUGUCAAGCAUCAUGCUGUUGCAUCAAUCAUGACCUUAAAAGGAAUGGAGCUGAAUUCACACCAGCUGCACGGUUUGUCACCUUUUACCCGUGUCGUGUUUCUAAACACUGGGUCAUGCAACCACCGUCCUUCGAUAUGCUGCACAUGAGUUUCAGAAAUGACGUCAUUCCCUGUAAUUUCCCAAAAUAAAAUGCUGCACGACCUCA